AUGGAUGGGACGUUCGUGAAGCCGAACGAGACCAUGUUAAAGGAUGGCCAGACCGCCAUGGCGUAUUAUAGGAGCAUGUGGACUCCGAAAGACCUUGAGGCGGCGAAGGGUCUGUCCCAAAAGGAUGUGUUCAGCCGCUUUCCCCAAUCAGCCAUGGAGACUUUGUUCGGUAUGAUGGCUAUGCAGAAACAGGUGGAAAUGGGGAACGCCAGGGCCCGUAAGUUCUCUGAUAGCCUGGAUGUGGCUAAUAAGGAAAACGACCUUCUUGCCAGCAAGAACACCGAGAUAUUGGCUCGGCUUGAACAAACCGAAAAAGAAAGAGAUGUUCUGAAGAAAGAAAACGACUCUCUUCAGGAUGAAAAGGAUGCCCUCCAGCUUGAGAAGAGUGUCUGGCAGACUGAACGUGAUUCAAUCAGAGAUGAAAAGGCAGAGCUCCAGCGCCUUCUGGCUGAUGAACAGUCUGCUCGGAUGGCUUUUGAGAAACGCUCUGAUUGA